GUGGUCGCGGCUCUCUCUUUCGCAUUCUUUAGGCCGUGUAUGUGUUUUGUUGUUGUUGUCGUGGUCGUGGUCGCUAGUUCGCCUACGUCUCGCAAUAGUCUUCAGUUGUGCGCGCCUCUGUGAGUGUUUUUCUACGCACGGAAGUGAGUGAGUUUUAUCGCUGAGACGCAGCAGUGAUUUUGUAUUCCGUCGAAGAAGAAGAAGGGAAGCGUAUUGUGGGUCGGGAAAUGCUUGUUGCCCGGUCGUAAAGCAACGCGAGGAUGUUGCCCUGACGGCGACAGUCGGCGACGUCUCCGUCAUGCGCUGUCCUCGCCGCCUACUGCCAACGACAAUAACUACCGGAGAGUCGACGACGAGCUGGACGAGCGGCGAAAGCACGACGAAAUGACGGGCGGCAAGAAGUGCUGGUAAUGUCGAUACGCGUGAGCGGUGUCUACCUGCUGCAGCAGGAGACAAGCAACGACAAGUCACCGUCGCCCAUUUCCGAGCACAACAACGAGUCCAACAAUCAUCUGCGAUAUCAUCAUCAGCAUCACCAUCAUCAUCAGAGCAAGACGGUGACCAUUGUCACGGGCGGCCCGCAGCGGAGCAACAGUUUGGAUUACCUGAAUUUCGAAGAGAAGAGGCAGAUUAUCGCGUCUUCUCUGUCGCUCAGUGACUUCCUCGCACAUGGGCCUGCCGCCGCCGCUGCCGCCGCCGCCAAGGAAGUCGCUGCCAAUACCGUUGUCAUAGCGAAAAAACAGAAUGGAGCAGCACUUCGAACAAACAGUUUGGGUUCCGGAACGCGGACACCGCCGCUCGAAAGGAAAAGCAAGUUUUCAGCCCUUGGUAGACUCUUUAAGCCAUGGAAAUGGAAACGGAAAAAGAAAUCUGACAAGUUUGAGGCCGCGUCCAGAUCACUUGAGAGGAAAAUUUCGGUUCGAGCAAACCGAGAUGAACUUGUACAGAAAGGCAUAUUGUUGCCUGAAAGUCCUACGUCUCCCAUUCCCGAAAAUAGUGAGUAUUCGAGUCCCAUGGGUGACAACACAAGCGCGCCUCAGAAGCCGCCGACGCCUCAGCAGCAGCAAGCUCAGCAUCAGCAGCAACUGCAGCAACAGUUACAACAACAAUUCCAACAGCAGCAGCAGCAGCAACAACAACAACAACAACAACAGCAGCAGCAACAGCAGCAGCAGCAGCAGCACGGGAGUACACCCGUAGCGACGCCUACCUCGCAGCCGACGCAAACGUUUCAGCAGCCGGCAACUCCGACACCUACCAAUGCCAGCCAGCAACCGCCCGGCAGUAACAGGGCCUCGCCCCAUCCGUCGCCGCUCUACCCUGGAAUGCCCCCGCUACCCUCCUCCAAUCAGCACAACUCCCAAGAGCCGAAGAAGGAUAAGAGCGAGCAGAGCAGCGGCAAUGGCAGCAGCGGUGCCAGCGUCAACGGCAACGGCGCCAGCGGCAAUGGGACAGCGACCUCGGCGAACAACGCGGACGUGCAGUCGUCGGCAGCCGCCGCGACGGAGGAGCAAGCGUCGGCGAACAAGAAGCCGAUUCGGCCGAAUAGCCUCGACACGAGCGCGAGGAUCAUUCGACGUCCUCUUAAUCCGGUGGCCAAUCUGCCCCAGAGGCUACUCGUUAGCGAGCGCAAACCCCCGGCCUACCAUCCGACCGAGGACAGCCUCGCAGCUCUUGGCCAAGCUAGCCGGCCUCAAGUACGGUUUAAAACGGAAAAGGGAGUAUUGCACUCGAACGCGGACGAGCAGCAAGUGAUAGAACGAUGCUACCCGCCGAACCUGGUGCUGUCGGAGCUGCCCGAGCCGCCGAUUCCACUCAGCGAGAUCGGCCCCAUACCGCCGCCGCCCAUGUUCAGCUCGCCCAGUCCCACGCUGUUGUCGAGGCAGAGGCAGCAGCAGCCACUUCUGGACUGCGAGGAUGACGAUGACGAGGAGAUCGAUGUGGACGACGAGGACAUGUACGGCAUCGACACGACGCGAGUCGAGGAGAUCCCGGCUAAAGAGCCUAAGUUCCACGCGAUGCCACUCAAAAGCGCGCUCAAGAAGAAGGGUGGUGGCAGCGGUCCGGGUACUCCCCAGAGCACACCCACCCAAGAAAUUAGGCCACUCACGCUGCGCCAGGAGCUGCACGCAUCCUUCAAAAGGCCUCAUUUAAGGUCUAGGAUGAAACUAUGUAGCCGACCGGUGAGAUUUGGCUUGGCGCUGCAUAGCGGCAACAACAACGAGAACAAGGAGAAUGCCAGGCCUUACGUCAUACGCGAGGAUUCUGACACAGACUCGAAUGACAGCCAGGUGCUCUAUCGGGACGACUACGACGACGAGAAGAGUCGGUUGGCGGCGAAAAUAGCGCGCAAAGAGUCGCUCUCGCUGAAACUCGCGCUCAGACCGGACAGACAAGAGCUGAUCAAUAGAAAUAUCCUGCAAGUUCAGUCGGACAAUGAGCGCCAAGAGACGAAGGAGGCUAUCGGCGCGAGGCUCAUCAGGCGGCUGAGCAUGCGGCCCACUCAGGAGGAGCUGGAGGAACGCAACAUUCUCAAAAAGCAAAGCCCCGCCGAGGAGAAGAAGCAGAAAGAGGAAAAGAAACGCUAUCUCUUAAGGAAGCUCAGCUUUCGACCGACCGUCGACGAGCUAAAGGAGAAGAAGAUUAUCAGGUUCAACGACUACAUCGAGGUGACGCAGGCUCAUGACUACGACAGGCGAGCGGACAAGCCGUGGACGCGGCUCACUCCUAAGGACAAAGCUGCCAUCAGGAAGGAGCUCAACGAAUUCAAGAGCAUGGAGAUGGCUGUUCACGAAGAUAGUCGACACCUUACAAGGUUCCAUAAACCAUGACAAUUGCAAUGUGUAGAGGUGAUAGAGUGUGAUGGUGCAGUUAACGAAUAUGUGGGUUCUGUGCGAGUGUGCACCAGUGUAUGCCGGAUGCCGCGUGAAGAGGCAACCACGCAGAAGAAUAAUAACAAACGAAAAAUACAAGUCACACACGUACACACACAUGCGCGACCACCAUCCGCCGGUCAAGUGCGGCAGCUCGAUUGUGAUAUAGAGUGGACACAAGGCGCCACUCGACCGACCUUUUGUUUCACUUUACUUCGUCUUCGUUCGACCGCUCGUUCGUUUCUCCUUUUGUUGUAAUGCGUUUUUUUCUCUUUUUUCGUAACCGAAUGGCAAGUGGCUCAUACAUCUGUAGAUUCAAGCUCAGUUCUCGUAAAUAAUUCCCGAAUCACGACAAUUGUAAGCUUACUGUGUGUCUCAUUUAGUUCAGUUAACGCUGAAUUCUCGCAAUCAAGUAUGCAACUGGAUGGAUUGCGCAAUUUAACUAAUUGAAGAGAGAGAGAGAGAAAGAGAGUGAAAUAGAUGAGAAUUCACGCUGUCGUGCAAUUAAUUAACUCGAGUAUCGAAAAAAAAAAUAAUAAUAAACACACGUUGGGAAUCGACGAGAACGAACAAAAAGCGCACAUCACGUGUAAAAAGCGCAAAGAUGUUUGCGUGAAAAAACAUGUAUUGUUCGAUAAAGUUGUAAGCUUCAACAUACAAUAAUUCUGCAUUAGUAUCUCAAAGAAGAUAUAAAGAUCAUUUAAGUUACUCAUGCGCCAGCGUUAUAACGUUUUGGCUUGAAGAUACGUAGAAAAAAGUAAAAAAAGAGAGAAAGGCGAGAGAAUUGGCCAUUCCUCCGGCCGCAUUCCUGAAUAUAUUUAGUGAAGUUUUCGAGUUUCUAUAACGAAAAAUCAACAAAUAACAUGAAAAUAAAUAAAAAACAGUUGAUUUUUUCGCGCUUUGACUUAAGUCUGUCGCAUGUGAAAGAGCCCUAUAAAAUAUUUGUGCGUUAGUAAACAUCAUGUUCGUAAUUUUUUUGAAGCUUACACGAGUCAUCUGACGUACACGUAACUGCUACAAUGACAUUUUUUUCUGAUAUUUUGAUAACUUAGUGUUACCCUGCUUAUUAUUGUUAGUUGUGUGAAAUUUUGUGUUUUUGAAACAUUUUAAUCUUGACGAAUUAUAAAUUGUUUAAAGAAAUACUUGUUUCUUUGUAUCUGUCUUUUAUAGAAGUUAUUAUUGAUUAUAUUGAUUGUUAGAACUUUAGUUAAGUCGAUUUUUUAUGACUUUUUUGUCCUUUGUACUUACUCAAAUGACUUCUGUAAGCUCGAAAAACAUGCAUGAUUUCUAAUUAUUAUAAAUACUAAGUAUGUAUUGAUGCGAAAAUAAAACGUUAUAUCGUGCAAUUAAUCUUGUACAGAAUAUGUAAUGUGUAGGACUUUUAACACAAAUUUUCAAUGAUUACGUUCAUUGUUGUCGCUAUUGUCAGCGACAUAAUCAAUUGUCAUUGAAAACAACUUGAAUCGAUUGAUCGAUCAUAAAAUAAAGAAAUUAAAUAAUAUCUUCCAUUUUCGAAGAUUACCAGUAGUUUAACGGGAAAAAAUAAGCAUCUGAUCAAAAUCUCCUUUUUUAUCAGAAUAACUUCUCGUAAAUAAUCAUUUGUCUAAAAAUCAAAAGAAUGUUUUGCGUUGAUUCAUGCUAUUGUUUUAGAUGUCGUCAAAAAAUGUAGGCAAUUGAGAUGUUUCAACUAGUAUCAACUCUGUUUUUUAGUUGGUUAAACGUAAUGAAAGAGUGUGCAGAAAAGAGCGAAAGACACAGUUGUUUUUUCACCUAGAAAACAGUUACUAAGGAUUUACAUGAACGACGAACGAAUUUAUGUACGAUUAGCGAAACAUACAUGAAACUCUGCGUUUAAUAAUAUCAAGCUUAAAUUUUAUUGUACAUAUAUACAUACAUACACAGAAAAGGUGGAAAUUGAAUAGAUGGAAGCUCUGUAAUAGAAAAGGAAACUACGUUAUACGCUACGAUAUUAUUCUGCAUAAACGAUUAUUAAAAUGAACAAACUACUUAUAAAUACUAAUUUUUAGAUAUGACGUCCUAAUGCGAACGAUACACCAUAUAAAUAUUAUACAUAUGCAUAGAUAUAUUAUUACACGUUUAUAGUAAUGUGACUACUAUAUGGCGACGUUUAAGCGGCAAAAAUGCAUUUUUUUUCAUCGGGAAAUUCGGUAUUCUGUGUACAAAAAAUAUUAAGGCUAUUAAUAUAAAUUUUCUCGUACUUCUUUAAAUUGCCAAAGUGUACAUCAUCGCACUUUGUCUGACAAACACAAAUACCAGUAAUAACAGAUAACAAAAAAAACAUACUAUAACCUAUCGAUUAAAUAAAAAUGUGCAUUAUGCUAAAUAUUUGAACGACCGCCCUUGCGCAGUGUGGUAUGCGCAGCAAUGAAAUCUACAAUGGUGCCAUUAUCCUUACAAAAAAUUUGUUGUAAAUUUGUAAUCAAUUUAUAAAAUACGUCAAAUAAUUAAUUUGACCUCUUUUAGGGCAGAGUUUGUUUUGUACACUUACCGAUUCUACGUGAUUUGAUUGAACACGAAUUAUUUUAUUUUAUUUAUUUGACAUAAUGUUUUCCUAUUGAACACGAAGAAUAAAUACUAUUUUCUUAAAAAAUGAAAUAUUAUUUAAAAUUAUAUUGUUCUACAGAAAGAUUAACAAACGAUUAAUUAACUAUUAAUCAAUAAAAUAGUCUACAUGAUAUAAUCGUGCAUUUGACCAUUUUUAAUAAUGAUCAGAAUGUCAAAUAUGUAAUUAAAAUAUUUAUUCCUGUAGAAAUAUUUUAAGUUGAAUACUUGCUUCAAUUAAUUUCCAAUUGAAUUUUCCGUGGAAAGUUUACAUAUUCAAUAGUAUCAUCUUUUCUAAGAAAUACGAUUUUAUGUUUUGUGUUUCAUUAUAAAAGCAUUAUGUUGAUAAAAAACAAUUUUUAAUUGGUAUUUGUAUGAAACAGACCUGGUAUUUUUUAGUUGCUUAUCGACUAUUUAAAAUUUAGUGUAUUUAUAAUAUUUUACUAAGAAAUAGUUUUGAUAACUUACAAAUUAUCAUUGGUAUUCGAUUGAUAACAGUAAAAUUCCAUGUGAUACUUGUCUCAAUAAUAAAUAAUGUUUACAAUUUUCAUCCGACAUUUUUUGUAAGGGCAGCGAUAAUACGAACGUAAAAAAAUACUUGAGUACUUCUUUCCACGGUUCGUGAAAUAAUCAAUAAACCGAGCUUCAUUUUUCCGUCGAGAUUAUUCUCAAAGCUGAGUGUCUUAGUGCUUAAUUAGAUAUUUGCAAGGGAGUAAAAGAGCGUAUGUUUUAAAAGCGAUAUUGCUUGAAAGAAAUGAGUAUGAGCGAACCGUGAAAUAAGGACAAAUAUUUGAAGGACUUGUUUAAAAAAUGAUACGAUUGACAAUUUUUUAAUUUUACGGGUUGUCAAGUAACUCUAAAAUAAAAACUAAUUACCAGUAUUGUUGCCUGGUUGGACGGUCAUUCUAUUUGUAAUAUAUACUAGAUAUAGCAGCAGUAGUUUUAUCGGUAUAUUUAAAAGCAACAAUAAUACUUUAAGAAAAUUCAAAGGGCUUGUUUCAAAAUUCUACCAUUGCGGUACAACGGUUAACCAGAUUUUAAGGCAAACUUUCGCGAUGUAGUUGGCAAAGUUGCAAAAAAACAAACAAACAAAUCAGUGUAUACGUGCUUGAUUGUACGUGACUUAGAGAUAAGUAAACAAUCACUCGCAAGCUGUUACUACAUUGAAAAACCUGUCAUUUCUAAUCUUUACCAAAUAAACCAACAAACAACUUGAAUAAUGCGACGAAUAAUGGCGCACAAUUAAGAAUCAUUCGUGUUUUGAAACCAAAAAUAAAAAAUAAGUAGAGUAUCCAACAAACAAAAGAAAAGAAUUAUAAUCAUUAUCCUUUCUAAACAGAUGAACUGUUGAUUAGUGGAUACCAUUUGUUCGAUACGAAUGAAGUUGAAGUGUCAAAUUUCAAAAUGCAUCGACGGUGAUGUUUACAAACAAAUAUGAGUCUGCGUGCUUACGCAUGUCUGAUAAGUAGGAAGAUUAGUCGCAGUUUGAAAUUCUUUGAUAACAAAAUCUUUUUUUCUCUGAAUACAAACUUUAUAAGUACUUUCAACGUGCACAAUCAUCUUCAUUUGUUGUUCUAUCUCAAAUGCUUCUGUAUUGUUGAUUUAUUGGUUUUGUUGAAUUAUGUCAUGCGUCGCUCGUUAACCGUAUUUUGGAUUUAAGAGGUGAAAACAUGUAUAUUUUUAUUUGUCAAAUGCGUACUUUUUCGAGAAACAGCGAAGGUAAUAAAUAAGCGUAAAAUUGUAAGUUACGAGAUUAUUUUGUGCGUUGGCCAAAAGUGAAAGAAAUGAAUGCAUUAUUGUAUUAUAUCAAGUAAAAAACGAGGCCCACUAACUGUAAGAACAUUGUAUAUAAUUAUCAUAAU